AUGAUCCUCCUCUAUCAUAUCGUAGUGGUUAAGAUGAUUCCUUGUCCAAACACCUCAUGUACCUCACUGUUUGAUAUCAUUGCAUCUCUCGUUCACCACGAGUUCAUCGAUUCUCUUGUUAGCUAUAGUUGGUUAGUUGAAAAAGAUUGUAUUCGUGCCAACAAAAAGAUCAAAUAUGUUCUUCAAGCACAAACCUUCAAAGAAUUCAAAAAUGUCUCGAAUAUUUGUUUGAGUUUGCAUGAUAAUAGAGAAGUUACCGCUUUAGAAUUUAAUAAUUAUAUAAGAAACUCAUUCAAUGAUUUCAGUAUUUAUGAUCAUCAUGAUUAUCAAGACAGAGGGUUCAGCGAUGCCAAAGAAAGUACAGUUGGAGACGGGUCUGCUACACAAAGCCAAUGUGUGCUAUUGAGAUAUAUUCAAUAUCAACAACAACGACAGCAACAGCAACAGCAACAGCAACAGCAACAGCAACAGCAACAGCAACAGCAACAGCAACAGCAACAGCAACAGCUACAGCAACAGCUACAGCAACAGCUACAGCAACAGCAACAGCUACAGCAACAGCAACAGCAACAGCUACAGCAACAGCUACAGCUACCGCUACUAGCAGAUCUCCAAAUAUCAAUGACAAUUGUAAAUAGCGGUGAUUCAGCUUUGAAAAUAAUAAAUGUUUACUUUUUUUGUUCGACUCAUAUGACUGGAUAUGAUUCAUUUACUUUGGAAUCUAUGAUUGAUAAAUGA